UGGGAACUCGCAGCGUGCAGUAUGGCUCAGAAACUACAUUAUUUCAAUAUUAACGGCCUUGCCGAGUCCAUUAGGUACAUUUUGUACUAUUCCGGACAGAAGUUCGAAGACGUCCGUUAUGAAAGGAAGGAUUGGCCUAUCAAAGAAGUUAAAGAAAGGCUACCUUACGGUCAGCUACCUUUCUAUGAAGAAGGCAAUCGCACCCUGAACCAGUCACUAGCAAUAGCCCGUUACGUGGCCAGCAAGUCCGACCUUCUGCCCUCUGACCCUUGGGAUCAAGCUGUCUUGGACGCUGCUGUCUUGAAUGUGUAUGACUUCUUCAAUAAUGCUAGACCUUGGUUCAAAGAAGAAGACCCGGAUAAAAAGGAAGCUAUAAAGAAGACCUUCCUGGGAGAAACAGUUGAUUUCCACCUUUCCAGGUUCGAAAAGGAACUAAAGAAGAAUAAUGGAUACUUUGGCAAAAAGCUCUCCUGGGCCGACUUCGUCUUGGUUGCCAUUAUUGAAGUGAUCAACCUCUUGUUUGAUGCCGAAAUCGAGAAGAAUUACCCUACUAUAAAGGCCCUUGUUCAGAAGGUCAGGAAUCUGCCUGGAGUAAAAGAAUACAUUGCUAAAAGGCCUACUUACCAGUUCUAAUUAUGAACUAAUUAAUUGUUGUUGUUAUUAAAUAUAUUUUAAUCUGUG